AAAUUUCUAAUCAUAUACUCACAAAAUCGAAUUGUUAUUUGAAUAACUCGUGUGGAAAAUAGCAUCUACUGAAAGAGCCUUGUAUUGUCCUUUUUCUUAGUUUAUCAUUAGUAUUAUUUUAAAUCGAUUUUAAUUAUUAUUCGCUAUUUAAAUGCCAUAAACGUUUAUCUUCUACACACCAUCAUCAUCAAGUCCCAACUCCCAAGAGGCCAAGACAGUCGCAAAACGAUGAACCUCAACGUCGUCGUAUUACUCCUUAUCCCACCGUCAGACCUCCGCGCACUCCUAGCUUUCCGUUCAGCACUCCACGAGCCGUACCUCGGCAUUUUCAACUCAUGGACCGGCCAAGACUGCUGCCACAACCGGUACGGCGUCAGCUGCGACGCGAUCACUCACCGAGUCGCCGACAUCAACCUCCGCGGCGAGUCGGAAGACCCUAUCUUCGAGCGAGCUCACCGAACCGGUUACAUGACCGGCCGCAUCUCUCCCUCGAUAUGCGACCUCACUAGCCUCUCCGCCGUAACAAUAGCCGACUGGAAAGGUAUCUCCGGCGACAUCCCCGAAUGCAUCACGCGCCUCUCUUUCCUCCGUACGAUCGACCUCAUCGGAAACCAAAUCUCCGGCGAGAUUCCUAACGACAUCGGGAGAUUAAACCGGUUAGCUGUUUUAAAUGUCGCGGAUAACCGGAUAUCCGGUUCGAUCCCGAAAUCGUUAACCAACCUCUCUAGCUUAAUGCACUUGGAUCUCCGUAACAACCUCAUCUCCGGUCUAAUUCCAACUGAUUUUGGCCGGUUAACAAUGCUCAGCCGUGCAUUGCUAAGUGGUAACCGAAUAACCGGUCGGAUACCCGAGUCUCUGACCAAGAUUUACCGGUUAGCUGACGUUGAUCUCUCCGGUAACCAACUUUACGGUACAAUCCCACCGUCUCUCGGCCGUAUGUCGGUUCUCUCGGCGCUUAACCUCGACGGGAACAAAAUCUCCGGCGAGAUACCUCAAACUCUGAUGACGUCAUCGGUGAUGAACUUGAAUUUGAGUAGGAACUUGUUGCAAGGGAAGAUACCGGAAGGGUUCGGACCAAGGUCUUACUUCACUGUUCUUGAUUUGUCUUAUAACAAUCUCAGGGGACCAAUCCCGAGUUCGAUAUCGGGUGCGUCGUUUAUUGGUCAUUUGGAUCUUAGCCAUAACCAUCUCUGUGGGAGGAUUCCGGUGGGGUCGCCGUUUGACCACCUUGAAGCGGCGUCGUUUUUGUUUAACGACUGUCUUUGCGGCAAACCCUUGAGGGCUUGUUUAAAAAACUGACUUUGUAAUUUUCUUUGAUUAGACCUUUACAAUAUUUUUUAUGAUUAUUCGUUUCAGAAAACAUAUUCGUGUCGUGUGAUACUCCCUCUUUUUUUAAAUAGAUGAUGUUUUAGAGAGCUUUUGAUGUUUCAAAAUAGACGAUGUUUUUAUAUAACCGCGUACUUUUAGUUUUAUUAAAAA